CCCCAUUCCCGCUUUUCAUCUUCUCGGCUGCUUUGAAGCUCUUUUAACGUCGGGGUGUCACCAACGCCGAGGCCCGCUCUCGGGGAUCCACUGCUGUCGAAGACGAACGUGGAAGGAAGGAUCAGGCGGGUCGAUACCCGGAGUCGACAAGAGCAGUUACCCGUUGGAGUACUCUCCAAGUCCAAACCGCUGGGACUCACUUGAUAUACGACCGACGAUGAUUCCAUGCUGAGAACGCGAGGAUAGGGAGAAUGGGUAGAGUGCACAGACACUUCGGGUAAGAGGUCGGCUGGCAGCCUGGAAUAUGGAUGAUCGAACUCUCAUUUUAGAGUUGGCUGAUUCGAGACAGUGUGUAGUUGUUCACCCCUGCCUUGUAUACCCUGCAGUCGUCUGGCUCACUGGUUCUCUCAAUGUGGGUAAAGACGUAUCUGGAUCAAUGAGGUGGUGCGCAAGAACAAGUCGUGGUCGCGGAUGGAGAAGGCUAGGUAUGCAUGUCACCCAAUCGUGCGCACGCUGUUACAUCUGCGUGUACUUCUCGUCUUGUCCACUAGCUAACACUCAUGGACAUCGGUACUCUUCAAGUAAACUGGUAUCAUAUGAAUGGAACGAGGGACGGUCGAGAGCCUUCUUGGCUUACGAUCAAGAUGUCUGGCUUCUGGGUCAUGUACAGCCUGUUUGUUGUGUUAUGUACAUUAUUUCAUGGCAUGAUGGCACGUUGGAACCGCGCACAGGGCUUGUUCGAUUCCAGCUCAUGUCAUUUGGUAACGGAGCAGAACUUUUUAUUUACUUUCUCCUGCUGCCAGCCACUUGGAAGUGUCCCGGUGAUAUUACACUCAGCUCCUUUUCUUUCCACGUACUGUGGAUGGAACACAUGCAAGUUGCCCCUUGCAGGAAACCCUAUCUCCCUUGCCAGCCCCACCGCCGGGAUCAUCCUGUCGUCAUUUCUUGUUGACCGUUCGCUUUAGCAUCCCAUGUUACUCAUUCUUUCACAUCCAACAUAUCGAUGACGUUAUGAAAGUCGGGCUUGAUGCUGCUGUUGAGCCUCUAGUGGUAGCAUUCUUCACGUCGAAUUGGGAUCCGAGAUACGCAAACGCUGUCGAGAAGACCAAAGGGUGUAAGAUGAUUUUUCUAGUCUUUUCUCUUAUGUGUCUGUCCGUGGUGUCCCAUUAACCAGUACCUUGCAUUAUCGAAAGCCAGUAAUGAAAAUUAUCGUAUGUGUAUACAGCUAUGAAUG